UAUUUCCCUCCCCCGGCCCCGCCUCUGCCCCGUGCAGCGCCUCCCCCCUGCAGCGGCUCCCUGGGCGAACAGCGUGCUGCUGCGUCAUCGCUAGUGGCCGGUUUGAAUGAGGCUUGUCGCAGCGGAGCUACCGCCACCACCGUGCUUCGUCCCCGGCAGGCUCCACGAGCUGCUUCAGAUCCCUCUGCCGCCCUUGUCAGACCUAGCCUCCCGCGCCGUUUCCUCCCUUCUGCCCCACCAUGCCUCUCUACUCCGUUACAGUAAAAUGGGGAAAGGAGAAAUUUGAAGGUGUAGAAUUGAAUACCGAUGAACCUCCAAUGGUGUUCAAGGCCCAGCUUUUUGCACUGACUGGAGUCCAGCCAGCCAGACAAAAAGUUAUGGUGAAAGGAGGAACACUGAAGGACGAUGACUGGGGAAACAUCAAAAUAAAAAAUGGAAUGACUGUACUAAUGAUGGGGUCAGCAGAUGCUCUUCCAGAAGAACCCUCAGCUAAAACUGUCUUCGUAGAAGACAUGACAGAAGAACAGUUAGCAACUGCUAUGGAGUUACCAUGUGGAUUGACAAACCUUGGUAACACUUGUUACAUGAAUGCUACAGUUCAGUGUAUUCGUUCUGUGCCUGAACUCAAAGAUGCCCUUAAAAGGUAUGCAGGUGCCUUGAGAGCUUCAGGGGAAAUGGCUUCAGCACAGUAUAUUACUGCAGCCCUUAGAGAUUUGUUUGAGUCCAUGGAUAAAACGUCUUCUAGUAUACCCCCUAUUAUUCUACUGCAGUUUCUGCACAUGGCUUUCCCACAGUUUGCGGAGAAGGGUGAACAAGGACAGUAUCUCCAGCAGGAUGCUAACGAGUGCUGGAUACAAAUGAUGCGCGUGCUGCAGCAGAAGCUGGAAGCCAUAGAGGAUGACUCUGUUAAAGAGACAGAUUCUUCUGCAUCAACCGUGACACCUUCUAAAAAGAAAAGCUUAAUUGAUCAGUUUUUUGGUGUUGAGUUUGAAACCACCAUGAAAUGUACUGAAUCUGAAGAAGAGGAGGUCACCAAAGGAAAGGAAAAUCAACUUCAACUUAGUUGUUUUAUCAACCAGGAAGUUAAAUAUCUUUUCACAGGGCUUAAAUUGCGACUGCAGGAAGAAAUUACUAAACAGUCUCCAACAUUGCAGAGAAAUGCUUUGUACAUCAAGUCUUCUAAGAUCAGCCGGCUGCCUGCUUACUUAACUAUUCAGAUGGUUCGAUUUUUUUAUAAAGAGAAAGAAUCUGUGAACGCCAAAGUUCUUAAGGAUGUUAAGUUUCCUCUUAUGCUGGAUGUUUAUGAACUCUGCACACCAGAGCUUCAAGAGAAAAUGGUCUCUUUUCGGUCAAAAUUCAAGGAUCUAGAAGAUAAGAAAGUGAAUCAGCAACCGAAUGCAAAUGACAAGAAUAGUCCCCCAAAAGAGGUUAAGUAUGAACCUUUUUCAUUUGCUGAUGAUAUUGGCUCCAAUAAUUGUGGCUACUAUGACUUACAAGCAGUGCUAACUCACCAAGGAAGAUCUAGUUCUUCAGGUCAUUACGUAUCAUGGGUGAAAAGGAAGCAAGAUGAAUGGAUCAAGUUUGACGAUGAUAAGGUCAGCAUUGUAACACCAGAAGAUAUCCUGCGGCUGUCUGGUGGUGGAGACUGGCACAUUGCUUAUGUUCUACUUUAUGGGCCUCGAAGAGUUGAAAUAAUGGAAGAAGAAAAUGAACAGUAAUCUUCAAUUUAGCUAUUUAUGCCUAGGUGUGAUAUAAAUUUUUUUGUUAUCAUUUCUAUAAUCUUGAGCUCCAAAGGGAACAAAGAACAGAACCAGGCCUGUUUCUUAAAGAGACUACAAAAAAAUUACAUUUGGGUGCUACCCUGUAUAAAGGUAGCUGGAUGACAGUCUUUAAAAGCUUAUAUCGUACAAAUUCCCCUUUGCCCUUCCAGCUCAAGAUUUAGCAGUGAUGUUUAUUGCACACCUAUUUGUUGUUGCAUGGUUAAUAUUCAGUAGCUGCCCGUCCUUUGCCUUAUCUAACCAAUAUUUUUCUAGGAAGGUGGAAAAGGAAGUGUUGCUCUCAUCGUGUAACUCAGUGCUGCUGUCCACAUCCCAUCAACUGGGUGCAAUCAAGUAUUUGUCCAGACUGACUGUUGCUGGCUUUUCAUGACUUUACAAUAAAUUGUGAUCAAUAAGAAUACAUUUGAUUAUACACUUAUUAUUGUGUCUGUAAUGUACUGUGAUUUAUAUAUUUAAUUUUGCAUUGGUUUUUUAGUAAUCAUAUGUCAACAAGCUCUUGUUGCUUAUUUUUAGAAAAUGAGGAUAUUUGAUAAUAAAGAGGGAUUAAUGACUUUU